UUAUUUUCUUGUCAGCUUUAGUUCCUGUCUAAUAUAACACUUCCUGAAAACAUUCACCUAAAUUCUAAGAUCUCUUUUUUUAGUGGUGAAAUCAUCUGUAAUUUUUCGAAAUGUGUGAGCAACACAACAGUGAAGCACAAAUAAUCGCAGUUAAAUCGAAGAAUGAGGAAGAAGAGCAUACAAAAAUAAAUUUAUAAGAGUCAAAAGGAAAAAGCAAUGAAUGAAGCAAGUAUACAUGCUAUUCCCCUGGAUUAUCAACUCCUGGAAAAGAUCAGAGAAGAUGCCAAAAUCAGGAGCAAUCUGAUAUUUGCAGAUAUUUCUGAUGACUUCAUGAUGCAAUUUGAGGUAACACGUGAGGAACUACAAACAUGUUUACAAGAAAUUGAGAAAAUAGCACAAGAAAUGGACACAGUGAAGAAGAAUGCCGCCAUUGUCAGUGUGGCAGGGAGCACCGCAGGUGUGAUUAGCGGUGUGUUGUGCAUCACUGGUCUGGCAUUGGCUCCAGUUACUUUUGGUGUAUCUACUAUCCUCACCGCUGUCGGAACUGGGGUGGGAGUAGCAGCUGGAGUUGGUGGAGUAGCGACAGGGAUUACUGAGUCAGUCCUUAAUCGAAAAGAUAAGGAAAAGAUCAAGAAACUCUUUGAAAUUUAUGCCAAAGCAGUGAAUGAAAUACGAGAUGUUUUAGGAAUUGAGCGUUUAGCAAUUGAUGCAGAGGCAAGUUCAGGUGAAGCUGCUUCUGGUAUAAAUGCAGCUCAUGUUGCUGCAAAAGUAGCUUCAGGAGUACCACUGAUUGUUGAUGACAUAGCCAGAAUAGCAGAUGCAGCAAGUGAUGGUGCCGCAGCUAUAGGCAGAGCUGUGGAUGGCGCUGCAGAUGCAGCAGCUAUUGCAUCACGGUCUGCUGCAAUAGCCGGUGGAGUUUUCAGUGGCCUUUUUAUUGGUGUAGAUAUUAUCAAUAUCUGUUCAAAUGGCUAUGAUCUUGCUAAAGGUCAAAAAAAUGUUUUUGCAAAAGCAAUAAGGAAAAUAGCGGGCGAACUGGAGAGUGAGCUGGAUUCUUAUAGAAACCUUUAUGAGGUAUUUGCAAAUGGCAGGGAGUCCGUUUCUCUGUAUAAACAGACCUUGGAUAAAGAGCAAAUCACGCUUUCACCCUUGUUUUCUUCUUCAGAUAUUUCUAUUGGAAUUCUAUUACUUGUUUUCUGUUUAAUCUUUUACAUUUUAUUUUGGUGAUUUAGUGAUGUGCCUAUGAAACUAGGUUGAAAUCUGUACUGUACUCCAAAGUCAUCAGAGCAGGAGCAGGUCAAACAAAGAAUGUAAUCAGAGUUAUCACUUAAAAUUCAGUUGGAGUUUUUCUUGUUGUCCUUAUUUUUCAUUACUUAGUUAUGGUGUUCCCAUUUCCACAGAUGCUACAUUUAUUCAUUCAUUAUGUAAAUGUAUUUGUUUUUCUAAACCUUAUUUUUCAGGUCAGGAUCAUGGGGUUGUGGUGGCAGGUACAAAUCAAGAAGUAAGGUUGGAUAGAAAGCCAGUCUGUUACAGAGCAUGCUUACUUACACAGGGUCAAUUCUGAAUCAUAAUUAAACUGCACCUGCAGGUUUUUGGAGUGUAUGAGCUACAUAAGAAGUUGGUAUAAUAUUUUGACUCCAUGCAGUCUCAUCCAGAAAUCAAACUUAGAUAUCAGAAAUUGUAAGGCAACAAACAAAGGUAACAAUAAUGCCAUUCUGUAGUUUUCUUUCAUCCCCCUGUUAUGGGGUGAAGAGUACUGUCAAACCAAAAAAAA